UCCUGAACAAGAGACCUGUAUUCACCGAAAUGAGAUAUAUAACCAGAAAAGCUGAAAGCAUCAGAUGAAUCCGUGCAAUAAUAAAGUCAUCAGACACUGCAUGGAAGGCGAAAACACGACCCACCCCGUCUUUUGACGUUUCAAAGGACAUCGAGUGCUGCUUUUGAGCUUGCAACCACGAUCCCUUUCCCUUUCCGAAGUCAAUCUUCGUCUUCGCCGUGAAGAAUGUUCACUUCGGAGUUCAAAAUGGGACUGAUGAUGAGUGUAGCUUGCCCCUUUUUUUGUCUCGCAAGUUUCUUGAGACCUGGAGAGUGAUUUUUCCCUGGUGUUUUGGUACGUGGGUUCAGGUGGGGCUUGAGAGUGAGCACAAACAGAGUGUUGCGUAUGGAGAAAGCAGAGGGUGGUUUGAGCAGCAAGAGAACAAGGGACAAUCCCAGUGACCUGACUGCUACUGUCUUCUCUUGGUCUCUUCACGACAUUUUCAACGAAAACCUCUACCAUGACCAGGUGGAGACUAUACCGGAGACAUUUAAGUCGGUCCGGCAGUAUCUUGGAUCGUAUGUCUACCCUUUACUGGAAGAAACACGGGCGAGUCUGUGCUCGAGGUUGGAAGAUAUUUCUGUGCUGCCUUUCGCCAAGGUUACUGACUUUGUGGAAUGCAAGAGAAGUAAAAACUCAUAUGCUGUCAAGGCCGGUCAGUGGAACAAUGAAUCCAACACUCGUGGCAAUGAAACUUACAAAACUUUUCCUGGAGAUAUCUUGAUUUUAACUGAUGCUAAGCUGGAAACUGUUCCUGACUUGGAGAGGUUCGGAAGAAGAUGGGUGUUCGCAUCGGUAAUGAUGAUUGGAGAAGAUGACAAAGAGGAUGAGGCAACGUCAUCCAAAAACUUUAAAGUGAAGGCAUUAUUGGACCAUGAAGUAGAUAAUUCCUGGAAGCCAAUGUAUGUGAUUUUCCUGAUAAAUAUAGUCACUAACAGUAGGAUAUGGAACGCGUUGCAUAUGGUUCCGAACUUAGAUAUUGUGAAGGAAGUUCUCUGCACGGAUUUGGGGGCUGAUAAAGUUUCCAAUCUCUGUAUUAAAAAAGGUGAUGGUUCUGGGAGUGAGAGCCUUGACAAGAGAUUGUGCCAUGAUCUGAAUGAAUCCCAAAUAAAAGCAGUUGGCGCCUGUCUCAAUAAACUCCAAUACAAGAACAAGCCAUCUGUCGAACUGAUAUGGGGUCCUCCUGGAGCUGGGAAAACUAAAACUGUCGCUACACUGCUAUUUACUCUCUUAAAAAGGAAACAUAGAACCAUUGUUUGUGCUCCUACAGAUGUUGCCAUCAAGGAAGUGGCAUCUCGUGUUUUAAAGCUGCUAAAGGAAUCAGAUAGUGGUAUAAGCACCGAAACGGAAAGUUUGCUCUGUUACUUUGGAGACAUGCUUAUUUUUGGGAACAAGGAGCAGCUGAAAGUUGAUUCCGACAUUGAAGAAAUAUACUUGGAACACCGUGUAGAUUGUGUUGCUGAGUGCUUUUCUAAAGACACUAGUUGGCAUCAGUGUCUAACUUCCAUGAUAGAUACUCUUGCCGACUGUGUCCGUAAGUACCACAUAUUUUUGGAAAACAAACACACAAAAAGAUGGAAACCAGGAAGUGAUGAUGAUGGGAGCAAAUGCGGAAGCAGUGAAGAAGAUGGUAACUGUGAGCUUAAAUCAUUUCUUGAGUUUUUCAGGGACCGGUUCAAGGCAAUUCUCCAGCCCCUGCGGAGAUGCCUCUUUAUUUUCUGUACUCAUAUAUCCAGAACUAAUUUCCAGAAUAUUACAUCCCUCCUUACCUUACUUGAUUCUUUUGAAACUUUAUUAUGUGGAGAGAAGUUGGAUUCAGAGAAGAUGGAGAUAACUCUUUCACGUGAUGAACUUAGCCUGUUUUCAUUUGAGAUGUCUAUGGGUCCACUAUAUAAUUUAUAUAUGAAGAGACAGGAAUGCCUUUCCAUGUUGCUAACUGUUCGUGAUUCUCUGAAGGAUCUAAAACUUCCAAACUUUAUGAGUAAGGCCAUGAUAGCUGACUUCUGUUAUCGACAUGCUUCCCUGAUUUUUUGCACUGCUUCUAGUUCAUAUAAGCUGUACUCAGUGGAAAUGGAGCCUCUCAAUUUACUGGUAAUCGAUGAGGCAGCCCAGUUGAAAGAAUGCGAGUCAGUAAUUCCUCUGCAACUCCCUGGUGUCAAGCAUCUGAUUUUAGUUGGAGACGAGUGUCAGUUGUCUGCUAUGGUCGAAAGCAAGGUUUCUAGCAGGGCUGGCUUUGGAAGGAGUCUGUUUGAACGAUUGAGUUCACUGGGUUAUUCAAAGCAACUUCUCAAUAUACAGUACCGGAUGCAUCCAUCAAUAAGUCUGUUUCCGACUUCAAACUUUUAUCAAAACCAAAUUUUGGACGGGCCAAAUGUGAAGAGCAAAAGUUACAGGAAAAGUCAUUUGGCAUGGCCGAUGUUUGGCCCUUACUCGUUCAUAAAUAUUCCUGAUGGACGAGAACAAAUUGGUGAUGGUGGCUGUAGCCUUAGAAACCCUGUUGAGGUGGAAGUUAUCUCGACGAUAUUGAGGAAUCUGUACAGAGCUUGGGAUGGGUCAGAAGAUCUGACAGUAGGUGUCAUAUCUCCCUUCACAGCUCAGGUUGCUGCAAUUCAAGCUAAACUUGGAAAAAAGUACGAAAAUAUCAAGGGCUUUACAGUCAAGGUGAAGUCAGUGGAUGGAUUCCAAGGGGGUGAAGAAGGCAUUGUUAUAAUAUCCACCGUAAGAUCAAACUCGCACGGGACUAUUGGGUUCUUGUCCAAUACUAAGAGAACCAAUGUUGCUCUUACCAGGGCCAGGUAUUGUCUGUGGAUUGUGGGAAAUGGGAAAACACUGACAAAAAGCAAAUCUGUGUGGGAAGCUUUGGUGGACGAUGCUAAGAGUCGUGGAUGUUUCUUCAAUGUUGAUGAUGACACGGACUUGGUUAAAGCCAUCUUAGAUGCGAAGAAAGAGAAUAAUCAGCUUGAUGAUCUGCUUGACAGAAGCAGUGUACUUUUCAGAAAUGCUAGGUGGAAGGUUCUUUUCUGUGACAACUUCCUGAAGUCUUUCAGAAAUCUGACAUCGCCCAGGACAAAGAUGUCAAUCAUCAACCUUCUGUCAAAACUAUCCAGUGGCUGGAGACCAAAGAAGGGGAAUGUGGAGAUAACUUGUGAACGCUCAUCUCAUAUCGUAAGAAAAUUUAAGGCUGAAGGUGUCUAUGUCUUAUGCACGAUUGAUAUUGUAAAGGAACUGAGAUACAUCCAAAUCCUGAAGAUAUGGGAUGUAUUGCCUUUAGAGGAUGUGGCAAAAUUGGUCAAACGUUUGGACAGCAUAUUCGAGACAUAUAGUGAUGAUUUUAUUAGUCGUUGCAAUGAGAAAUUCAUUGAGGGGGCUCAGGAAGUUCCGAAGACCUGGCCUUUUGAUGUUGUCCGCUAUCGAAGUCCUAGUGAAGAUCAAUUUGGUAGUAGUUCUGAUGCUGAUGCUUCAGAUCAUAGGUUGUAUGCAGAGAAUGCGAGAGUGACCAAGAGUUUGUUUCUGAUGAAAUUCUACCCCUUAUCAACUGAUGUCAGCCAUUUGCACAAUGAUGGUGAUAGCAACGAAGCGAUUCUUCCAUUUGAAGUAACAGAGCAAGAACAAGAGAUAAUUCUUUUCCCCAGAAGUACUUUUAUACUUGGGCGAUCUGGAACUGGAAAAACUACGGUCCUGACAAUGAAGUUGUUUAGAAACGAGAAACUGCAUGAUGAAGCAACCAAGGGAUUUCAGGAAAUCCAAAGUGGUAUCAGCCUCAGCAAAGAUGCCUACCCAGAAAUCAAUGUUGAGGAAAUCGGUGAAGGAGCAGAGGAUUGUGUAUUGCGCCAGCUUUUUGUGACUGUCAGUGCAAAAUUAUGUUUUGCGAUCAGACAACAUAUAUCUCAACUUAGAAGCUCCAGCAUUGGUGCAAAACAUAGAGUAGAAAGCUCCUCAGUUGAUGAGAUUGUUGAUGAUGCAGCACUAUUCAAGGAUAUCCCGGAUUCAUUCGAAGAUAUAUCUCCCAACUCUUAUCCCCUUAUUAUAACUUUUCGUAAGUUUCUGAUGAUGCUAGAUGGAACAGUUGGGGUUUCGUUCUUUGAAAGGUUCCCCGAUCUAAGGGAGUUUUGUCAUGGCCAAUCCUACAAUUCUAGACCAGUUGCCUUACAAAGUCUUCUAAGAGCAAAGGAGGUUACUUAUGAAAAGUUUUGUGCAGUUUAUUGGCCUCACUUCAAUGACAAGAUAAGGAGGCGGCUUGAUCCUUCCAGAGUCUUCACUGAAAUAAUGUCCCACAUAAAGGGUGGUCUUCAACCAGCAGAUUGUUGUGAUGGCAAACUUGACAGAUUAGCUUAUGUUUCACUUUCAGGGGGUCGUGUCUCGACUCUGAGUAUUCAGAGAAGAGAAGAAAUUUAUGAUGCUUUUGAGGAUUAUGAAAAGGUGAAAAUGAAAAAUGAUGAAUUUGAUUUGGCCGAUCUUGUCAAUGAUCUUCAUCGCCGUCUUUUUCGUGAACAGUUUACUGGUAAAGUGGUGGAUUUUGUAUAUAUUGAUGAAGUGCAGGAUCUCACCAUGAGGCAAAUUUCACUGUUCAAAUAUAUCUGUAGAAAUGUUAAUGAAGGCUUUGUGUUUUCGGGCGACACUGCACAGACUAUUUCUAGGGGAAUAGACUUCAGGUUUGAAGACAUAAGGUCCCUUUUCUACAAAGAGUUCUUGAUAGAUUCAAAGGAUGGACCUGAUAUCAGAAUGGAAAAGGGAUGUCUUUCCAAAACUUUCCAUUUGAGCCAGAACUUCCGCACUCAUGCUGGUAUCCUCAAACUGGCUCAGAGCGUUGUUGACCUUCUUUACCAUUUUUUCCCUUUAUCCGUUGAUGCUUUGAGCCCCGAAACUAGCUCUUUAUGUGGGGAAGCCCCAAUUUUACUUGAAUCGGAGAAUGAUGGAAGUGCCAUACUGUCAAUUUUUGGUUACAGUAAUGUUGGUGGUAAUUUCGUUGGCUUUGGAGCAGAGCAGGUUAUUUUGGUUCGAGAUGAUCAAUCUCGAAAUGAAGUUUCAAACCUUGUGGGAGGGCAAGCCCUAGUUCUGACUAUAUCGGAGUGCAAGGGGUUGGAAUUUCAGGACGUCUUAUUGUACAACUUUUUUGGCACAUCACCUCUGAAAAGUCAAUGGAGAGUCAUUUAUGGAUACAUGAAGGAGCAAGCUUUGCUUGAUAACAGCUCUAAGUGGUCUUCCCCAAGUUUCGAUGAUGGUAAGCACAAUAUGUUAUGCUCUGAAAUGAAGCACUUGUAUGUUGCAAUAACUCGGACAAGGCAAAGAUUGUGGAUUUGUGAAAAUGCCCUGGAGUUCUCUAAACCAAUGUUCGACUACUGGAAGAAGAAGUGCCUUAUUCAAGUUAAGCUGGUAGAUCAGGCCCUUGCAGAAGCAAUGCAGGUCAGGAGCACGCCAGAGGAGUGGAAGUCACAAGGUUAUAAGCUCUUACGUAAGGGUAACUACCGAAUGGCAAUAAUGUGCUUUGGACGAGCAAGGUACACAUACGGGGAGAAAUUGGCUAAGGCCUCUGCUAUGAAAGCAGAUGCAGAUCUCAAGCACGUUUUAAGUUCACAAGAGGCUUCUGAUCUUCGAAGGCAGGCUGCUGAGAUUUAUGAAACAAUUGGAAUGGCCGACUUUGCGGCGGAGUGUUUCUACUUGUUAAAGGAAUACGAGAAAGCAGGUAGAAUAUACAUGGAAAAAUCUGGAGAAUCUGCGUUGGAGAAAGCUGGAGACUGUUUUUCUCUAGCUGGGUGCUACACUCUUGCGGCGGAGGUGUACGCAAGGGGAAAUAUUUUCUCCAAGUGCUUGUCCAUUUGUGCCAAAGGAAAACUCUUUGAAAUAGGUCUGCAAUACAUCGAGGAUUGGAGAAGGCAGGGAAAUGAGAACAGUAUAAUAAUAAAGAAAAGUAAAGAAAUAGAGAAAUUGGAACACGACUUUUUAGAGAGUUGUGCCGUUCAUUACUAUGACCUCGGAGACUACAGGGCCAUGAUGAAGUAUGUGAAGGCUUUUCAUUGCAUCGAUUCAAUGCAAAACUUACUCGAGGGCCUGGGAUGCCUUGAUGAACUUAUCAGUUUGGAGGAAGACUGUGGUAACUUUUCGGAGGUGGCGAAUUUUAUAAGGAUGAAAGGUGAUAUACUUGGGAAGAGCAAACAAAGCAAAGAAGCGUCAAUGAAGGAAUACGAGAAAGCUGGUAGAAUAUACAUGGAAAAAUGUGGAGAAUCUGCAUUGGAGAAAGCUGGAGACUGUUUUUCUCUAGCUGGGCGCUACAGUCUUGCGGCGGAGGCGUAUGCAACGGGAAAUAUUUUCUCCAAGUGCUUGACCAUUUGUGCCGAAGGAAAACUCUUUGAAAUGGGUCUGCAAUACAUCGAGGAUUGGAGAAGGCAGGGAAAUGAGAACAACGUAAUAAUGAAGAAAAGUAAAGAAAUAGAGAAAUUGGAACACGAUUUUUUAGAGAGUUGUGCCGUUCUUUACUAUGACCUCAGAGACUACAGGGCCAUGAUGAAGUAUGUGAAGGCUUUUCAUUGCAUCGAUUCAAUGCGAAACUUACUUGAGAGGCUGGGAUGCCUUGAUGAACUUAUCAGUUUGGAGGAAGACUUUGGUAACUUUUCAGUGGCGGCGAAGAUUGUGAGGAAGAAAGGUGACAUCCUUCGUGAGGCUGAUCUACUUGGAAAGAGUGGACAAAACAAAGAAGCGUCGAUGAAUAUCCUGUGGUACGUGUUAUUCUAUUCCCUUUGGGCUCCUGGAAGCAAAGGGUGGCCCUUGAAGCAGUUUGCACAAAAGGAGGAGCUGGUAGCAAAAGCCAAACAUCUCGCAAAGCCUGAGCCUAUUGCCUUCUUCGAACAUGUUUCUGUAGAAUCGAGCAUUCUGUUAAACGAACAGAGCAGUUUGGCUGAAAUGAAAGAACAUUUUAGUGCUUCCAGGAGAAAUGGAAGUGUCAGAGGUGAAAUACUAUGCGCUAGAAAUAUUCUGGACUUCCAUCUUCGUCAAAAUAUCUCUAAUUUUUGUUGGGAAUACGAUUGGCUGGUCGACCCAAUGGAGUAUUCUGAACCACAGAUCUUGGGGAAUCUGAUUUCCAUUGACUCAUUGGUCUGCUUUUGGAAUCUUUGGAGAGAGAAGAUAGUUAGAAUUAUAAAGUGUGUAGGAUGUGCGGAGAUGGAGGAAACGGAAAAUAGGUGCUGUUGGGAGUUCUGUUUGAAUUACUUUGGUGUUCUGGAGCAAUGGAACAACAUGCAAAGAACUUAUCACCUUCUAAACCCAGAUGCUGAUUGGGUCAGAAACAUAGGCAAUGGGCAAUUGGUUGCUUUGGAGCAUCGACAAUUGGUCUCUGCCGCGCGAAAGUAUUGGUAUUCUGAGCUUACUUCUGUUGGUAUGGAGCUCCUGCACAAAUUGGAUGCACUUUAUCUGUUUUUGGCAAAGAGUUCUCUGUCGAACUUCUGGCAAAGCAGAUGUCUUGCUCUCUUACAUGAGGUUGCAAAGUUCCUUCAAGAACUCAAUUGUCCCAAUCCCUCCUUCCGGGAUGGUGAGGCAUUGGAGGGUUUCAUUAACACAUCCAGUAGGAGGUACUUUAGUCACAUAUUUCCUCUUGACUGGCGAAUAUCAUCGGCAGAGAAUAUGAUAUCUCUAAGAGGAAGUGAGGCUCCUCGUAAUUUUCUGAGAAAAACGAUGAACCUGAAAAUUUUGGAGGAGCAUUUUUCACAUGGGAAGAUGGGUGAGCUUGCGACUUUGGUUCUUGGGUCUGGAAUGCUCGACAAUGAUUUGUACAGAAAAAUUGCAAAAUCUUUUGAAGGAAAUACGUCAUGGGAGGCAUUCAUGGAAUGCGUUUGUCGGGAUGUAGCAUCAGACCUUCCUCAGGCGAGCGAUGGACCCAUGGAAAUCUCUUUGGCUUGGAACCUUUAUGGAGCUUUAGCAGAUACUUGCAAUGCCAAUUGGAGGACUGAAAGAGACUACAUCACACCAAUUUGCUUCUUUUAUCUCUUGGAACGACUUUUGAUUUUGUUAUCUUGCUCCAAAGGGCAGUUUUAUGCAACCAAGUCUUCUCUAGUUGAAUGGCUUAUCUGCCAUGAAGGUUUAGCAAAGGGUAACUUCAGUUUCAACCCAGGAAAUUGUUUGGAGCCCAUCAUUGGGUUUCUUAUUUGCACUAUUGAGCAGCUACUUUGCAAUAAGGAUGAAACCAGAGAAUGGAUCAAAAGAUCAAACCUAAAUGUGACGGAGUACUACCCACUGUUGGUCUUGAAGUUGGUUCUGUUGGUUUGUUUGCUUCACUUAAAUUUUGGCUUCAGUCCAUAUUUGCUCGAUGAUUUGCAGGGAAAGAGUUGGAUUUCUGAGCAAUUACCUCCGGAGUUUCUUCGUAUUCUUUCACAUUGCCAGAAGAGGAACUUACGGAAAACUUCAGUUGGUGUUCUCGCUGAAGCAUUCGAUAAAGUUGACGAUCCCCUCGUAAUUACCAAUUUGGCUGAAGAUUGUUCCAAUUUCUUAUGUCCCCAUGCCAUCAUUUUAGACGUGAAGUCAAACAAAUGCAAGGAAGAGAUUAUGAAAGUUUUAUUCCCUAAAGAUGGAAGCGCUGUGAGCUCUUGCAAGUUGCAAGAGCUCACUGAAGUACCCGAGGAUUCCUCAUCAUCUUCCAACAGUGUUCCAGCACCAGUUGUGCAUUUGGUUGGUGCAAACACGUUGUCUUUGGAGUGUGACCAAUCAUCGAAAAGGUUGGAUUCAUUAGAGGCAGCAACUAAUGCAAAGGAUGAGUGGAUGGAACAUGUCACUACUGCCUCGACAAUGGAGGUGAUUCAAAGUCCUUGUACUAUUACAUCCUGUCUUGACUGUGAAGCAAGCAAUUCUGCCCCGGUGAACCAUACGUCGCUGGGACACGAGUUGGGCUUAGUGAAUGAAGAAGAGAAGAGCGAAAUCGUGGAAGGUAAAAAAACCUAUGAUGUGAAUAGGCACUUGUUAAUGGCCCUUGGGGCUGGGGUGGCCCUUGGGGCUGGGGCGCUUGUUUUCCUGAUGUGGAAAUCAGGAAGAAGAAGAAGGGCAAUCGCAAGAAGGUAAGCAAAAUAGAAAGGAAGAGGCAAUAAGAGAUGAACCCUCUCUUCAUUUUCCGAGAUAUAGUUUUUGAUUGAAAAUUGUAUGUUGUUAUAAUCUACAAGUAAUCCACAUUCUUGUAAAUGCAUGUGGAACUUUAGUAAAAUAGUUCUUACAAUUGAAGAAAGACCAGAUCUCCCAGACAGGAAGCUCAUUACUCUAUACAUUUCCUGAAGUUCUAGUGGUGAAUAGUCAUGAAAAUAUACUGUCCCUUACUUGGCUGCAGAUUAUUGUUCCUUCCUUUUUACCUCUCUGAACCUUUAAUUCUUUCGUGCCUCGGGAUAGCUCGAAUGCUGUUAAAGAAUGAGAAA